UAGAUAACAAGUCAACGAAUGGACGCCUUCGAAACACGACAAUCAUCAUACACUUAAUAAAUUUGCAUUUAUAUCACAUCGAUAUUUUUUGGCCCGAUAGGAGAAUUGUCUGAGAUUGCAUACCAGAUUGAGUGUUUCGUCCGUGACCACAGAAAUAUAAAACUUCUUUUUCUAAAAUAAAUGUAUGGGCUGCGUAAUAUUCCAACUAUACAUAAUCCAACACAAACGUUUAUCAAUAUAAUUAUAUAUUAUCAUUAUCUACGCUUAAUUGAUAUCAAACAAACGUAUCGGACAAGCAAAUAUCAAAGGCAAUUGUUGCUCCUCGUGCAUCAGUAGUCAUUAUGUAAAUUUAACCAUUUUAACAAUAGACGUUUAUUGUGCAGUGUAGAAAACAAAAUGAUAUUAUAGAAUUGAAUUACAAGUGAUAAAUAAGCAGAAACAAUGGCAGAAAAGAAGAACAGCGAAAUAAAAUCAUCAGAUGAGAAUCCGUUAAACAAGGAUGUGGUACCACUGAAGACACCAAAAACGUUUGCAGAAAAAUUUACAUAUGCAAAAAGUAAUAUAACGGUAGAGCCGUUGCUGGCUGGUUUAAUCAUACCCAGUAUAAUAUCGAAGUUUGCUAUGGCAAAUCUGAAUUUAGACAAAGCAUGCAGGGUAAAUCUUGCUUUUGGAGACGAAAUCUGUGAUGUGUUAAUGAAAAAAACAAGCAAUAACCACUCGUCGUAUGAGCUCGAAGUGCAAAAACUGAUAGCGUCCAUAGACAUUUGGAAGGGAAUUAUUCAUACCGCAUUGCCGUGUAUUAUCAUCAUGUUUCUGGGAGGUUGGAGUGAUAAAACCGGAAAGAGAAAAAUUUGUAUACUGCUACCAAUAUUUGGAGAAGUUCUCACAUCUAUUAACAAUUUAAUCAACGUGUACUUCUUUUACGAAAUACCUGUACAAAUUACUGUGUUUCUAGAGACGUUUUUCCCGGCCAUCACCGGUGGUUGGGUUACUAUGUUCCUUGGUGUCUUCAGUUAUAUUAGUGACAUAACUUCCGAAGAGGCCCGAACCUUCAGAGUUGGAUUGGUCAACCUCUGCAUGACUGCUGGUUUGCCUAUCGGUAUUGCUCUGAGUGGAGUUCUCUUGCAAAAAAUGGGAUAUUAUGGAAUCUUUACUAUGACUACGGGGAUGUUCCUCGUUGUGAUGGCCUAUGGAAUUUUCUGUUUAAAGGAACCUGAUCAGUUUCUAAAACAGAAAGGUCGUCCACCGAUAGAACGUGAGAGCAGUACGGAAGUGUCGUUUUUCGAUGUGACUCACGUUGGCGAAACAAUUGCAGUGGCGUACAGGCCCCGUCCCUCCAACAGAAGGGUCAAAGUUAUCCUGACACUUUUCACCGUCUUCAUACUCUUCGGGCCGAGCAUGUCGGAACACCACGUAUUCUAUCUCUUCGUUAGGAACCGUUUAAAUUGGGACAUGGUCAAAUAUGGUCUCUACACCAGUUACUCUAUUCUUUUACACUCAAUAGGCGCCAUGUUUUCCAUCACGGUGUUGAGUAGACGUCUGCAGGUGGACGACUCAUUACUUUGUCUCGUGUCUAUUUUGAGUAAAUUCGUUGGCUCAAUAUGGAUAGCCUUCGUAAGAUCCGAUAUAGAAAUGUAUUUAGUACCGGUCGCGGAAUUUCUUAAUGGCACAACAUUUACAUCUCUGCGAUCGAUUAUUUCAAAACUAGUUGAUAAACAAGAAACAGCUAAGGUAAACUCUUUGUUUUCGUUAACGGAAACAUUGGCAUCGUUGCUGUUUAAUCCAUUCUACUCGUGGAUGUACAUGAGAACUCUCCACGUCCUGCCCGGUGCUGUAUUCCUCAUCAGUGCUGCUCUAAUCGUACCUGCUUCUUUUGUACUUAUUACUUUUUACAUACAACACAAAACGGAAGUACGCAAAGCAAGAAAACAUGCGCUGGAAGCGGAAGAAAAGAAAGAAGCUGAAGCAAAAGUUAGCAAUGCUAUCGCUUUCUACAAUCCCGAUACUAAAGAUCUUAGUAAUAAAAACAUUCAAACAGCAAAUGUUCCUCCACUAUCGAAUAAUAAGACUGUUUCUAAUAAAAUAGAGGCCAGUAAAAAAGAAACUUAAAUUAUUGAAAUCAGCAAUAAAAAAUCUGUCAGAAAUCCGUGUUCCGUAUAAUAAAUACUGACGAAUAAAUGUUUAUCUAAA